CGGAGCGCUGGCCGGAGGCUCAGGCUGGGUCGGGUCGCAGGUGCCGCAGCAGCUCUGGCCAUGAGGACCCUGUGGAUGGUGCUGUGCGCGCUGGCACGGCUGUGGCCCGGGGCCCUGGCUGGCUGCGCAGAGGCCGGGCGCUGCUGCCCUGGCCGGGACCCAGCCUGCUUCGCCCGCGGCUGGAGACUGGACAGGGUCUACGGAACGUGCUUCUGCGAUCAAGCCUGCCGUCUCACCGGGGACUGCUGCUUCGACUACGCCAGGGCGUGCCCAGCUCGCCCUUGCUUCGUGGGAGAGUGGAGUCCCUGGAGCGGCUGUGCCGGUCAGUGCCAGCCCACCACGCGUGUGCGCAGGCGUUCAGUGCAGCAGGAGCCGCUGAACGGAGGGGCACCCUGCCCACCCCUGGAAGAGAGAGCCGGCUGCCUGGAGUACUCCUCAUCGCAGGGCCAGGACUGCGGGCACGCCUUUGUCCCUGCAUUCAUAACUAGUUCUGCAUUCAACAAGAAGAGAACAAUACAAGCCGCAUCUCCACAGUGGUCUACACACACCGAGGAUGCUGGAUACUGUAUGGAGUUCAGGACAGAGUCCCUGACUCCUCAUUGUGCCCUGGACAACCGUCCCCUGACUCGAUGGAUGCAGUAUCUCCGAGAGGGAUACACAGUGUGUGUGGACUGUCAGCCUCCGGCCAUGAAUUCCGUGAGCCUGCGUUGUUCCGGAGACGGCCUGGAUUCUGAUGGAAAUCAGACUCUUCGCUGGCAAGCCAUUGGCAAUCCUCGAUGCCAAGGGACCUGGAAGAAAGUGCGGCGGGUCGAGCAGUGUUCCUGUCCAGAAGUGCACCGCUUCAUCUUUAUAUAGAGCAUCUUGGGGUCACUUGGCAGGGUGCUUGCCAGUGGGUUGGGUAUUAUUAAGCCGAGUUCAACACUUCAGAAGCCUCCAAAAACUAUGCCAAGUUCCCGAGCACUCUCCAUUGUUUUUGAGAAAGAAAACUUAGGGAUAGUUCUCAAGGAUCACAAUCUCUUUGUUUUUAUUUUUACUGAGCUAAGGACCCACACUCAAAGCUCCUAUGGCUAUGACCUUGACCUUACCUCUGGCCACAGAGUACAUGUCUGUUUGUACUAGAAUCACUGCCAUGGGCUCCAGUUUGGGGUAAGUUUUUGUCUAAGGGCAUCUACGUAUUCUUUGUCUUUAUUGGUUUUUUGUUUUGUUGUUUUAAAUUAAAGACAAGGUCUCACUAUGUAGACCAGGCUGGCCUCUAAUUCAUAGAUACUCAACUGCCUCUGCCUCAUGAAUGCUGGGACUGAAGGAGUGUGCCACGAUGCUAGGCUAUUCUUUGUCUCUAUUCUUUUUUUGGAGGGGGCAGGGGUGUGCAGGGUUUCUGUAUACCCCUUGCUGUCCUGGAACUCACACUGUAGAGCAAGGUGGCAUCGAAUUCAGAGAUCCAUCUGUGUCUGCCUCCCCAAUGCUAGGAUAAAAGACAUGUGCUAUACCUAUUCUUAAAAGUUUCUCACUUUAAAAAAAUACACAUACGUGACUCUCACACGUAAAGCUCCUAUAUAUUACCUUACAAGUUAUAAACUAAUUUCAAGUAAAUUGUCACAAAUAAUUUUUCAUAGGGAAAGUUAUUAAAAUUUCAUUUGGUGUUUUGUGAUGAAAAGCCAACACCUUUGCUAAAAACAUUUUUAAAGAAGAAAUUUUCUUUGGUUAGUUGAAAAGAUUAAAUAUCCAUGCUAAGUCAAUAGAAAUUACUAAAGUGUUACAAUUUUCCUGAGAUUUGGCACCAAUGAAUGAGCCAAAUGCUUUAGUUCUAAGCACUCUCUCAUCAUUCAUAGCUAAGAUUGUUUCCAACGUUUGGUACCUGAUGCAGGAUCAAACAAUCUUGUAAUGUCUGACUUCACAUUUAGUUGAAGUGUACUUACUAAUUUUCUUUCUACAGCACAUGUUUAGGGUGAGACACAGAGGUACAUAUGAUAGGAGGCAUGGAUCUUCCUGCAAGUGUCAUGAUCUCAUACACAGGCAAUAAAAUAUUAGCUUUACCUUAUGAUUGGAAGAUAGGUGUUUGUACCCACAUGGCAUGGUGUGCUUUCAGGUGUAGGAUGGCAAGCUGUCCUGUAGUCAUCUGUGGAGCCUCGUCCAGGUUCCUCAUCCCGGACUCUACUUCGGUAAAGGUCAUCCUGAGUAUGCCCAAGACUCCAGUACAGGACCUCAGCCUGGUUUCAUUUUGAAGUGGGUUUCCAACUGAGGAUUAUUUUCUUUGAAGAACCGAAUCAAUAUUAAAAAGCUAUAAUUCCUUUG